AUGUCUGUACCUUCAGACCAGCGUACUCUCUUUCUAAGACUCCCGGAUGAAUUAAUCCAUGAAAUCUUCAAACUAUGUUAUGUAUCUGACCACUUCAACCUUGCCCUCACAUGCCGUCGUCUCGCCGCUGGCGGAAACGCCACUCUUGAACGCCAUAGGGCUGCCUACCGAGAGUACGGCGUCGUCACUGACUGGAAGUACCUGACUAUACCUUCUGUUUUGCAGAAAGUCAUUACGGAUCCAUAUGUCGCCUGGAAUGUUCGCACCAUCGAGAUAUUCGGCACGAGGUACAGCUGGGAGCAAUGGGGAGACUUCAUGUCAGAGGUGCCAUCCACAGUACGAGUCUUUCCUUCCCCAGAUCCAGAAGACAUACUGUCUUCAACUUUUGGAGAUGGCCAGACAUAUCAUCAAUUCCAGUGGUGUGAGGCUUUCGAAAAACCGCACUGGUCGGACUUGUCCGACGAAGACUGGGGGGACAGCAUAAACUAUGCAAUAUGGGGGACGACAAGACGGGAGCAAUAUGAAGAGAGCAUCAUUGGGCAGCACUUAUCUACCUACAUCGACCUGCUGUUGGAGCAUGGGCAUUUUGGCCUCGAGGAUUAUCAAAUCGAGCGACUGUCAUAUCCUCUUCGCUCAGGCAACGACGGUAUCCUCAAGGCCCUGCUGAUCACGCUAUGCCCCCGGCUCAACGUCUUGAAAACUGCCAAAAGCAACGAUGAGACAGGUCAUAAUUGCGACUGGGAAUUAAUGGAGUGGCUUUCGCAAAUUAUUACCAUGAGUUGGCGACGGGACUCGUGGGCACCAGGCCUCAAGAGUCUACGAGAGGUCUCGGUCGGUAUUCCAACUGGACUCUGGUUCGAAGAUCGCAAUCUAUUAGGUGUACACAAACCGCGACACUUUCGAAGUCUGAUGCUACUUCCUUGCCUCAAGUCUGUCUACUUUGGAAAUAUGAAUCUUCAAACAAUAACCGACUGGGGAUCUGAAGACCAGCCUCCGCCACUGGCAGCUCUGACGGGCUGUUCCACUGUUGAGCACGUCUUUCUUGACCAAUUCGUCGAUAGAUAUGAUAUGCAGGACCAGCAGUAUACUGCUGAGUCUGUCAUGGAGUUUUUGCUCAUUCCUAAGAAGCUUAAGACUCUGACUGUUCGUGGCGGCUUGAAACUGCAGUUGUCCAAUCCGGCCAACAACCAAGCUCUGUAUGUACUCAUGCUACAUCUGAGCAAAAGCUUAGAACAUGCCAUAGAGUACAACUGUCGUCUUCGACCGAGUGAAAGCACUUGGGGUUGGUUCGGUAGGACACAGCCGAUACGCAGAUUGUACUCGGAAGCAACUAAAGUCACUAUCAAUGCUGUCAACGUCAUGGCACUUGAUUUUCCACAACUCGCUGCACGCAAAGAAGAAAUUGAUGAGUGGCGAGGGUCCCGAUACCUGUACCAGAGGGCUCAUCAAAUCCUGCUAAACGUUGAGGUGAUUCUGGUUCAAAAGAGCUACCGCGAUGACGAGAUGAUGGAUCCAGAAGUGAUGGAGAAGCUGGAACGCCUACUUUAUCUACUGGUUGAGAAUACCGCCCGCAGUGGCGGGAAGCUGAAGGCUAUCUUCAUCCAGCAACAACCCAACCCUAACAAGGGAAAUACGAUUGCCGACUUUGACUAUUCGAAAUUGAUCAGCUUGGGCAGGGAGAGGGAUAUCGAUAUUCACGUGAAGGAGAACAAGAACGUGCCGUUCUAUCAGUAUGAGUUUCCUACUCCACCUACCAUGUCGUUACUACAAGAGACAGGUACUGCAGAUGGUAUGUCGGUUUUUGAUCCUUUCAUGGGUUGCUGGGCUACAAGUUAA